AAAGUGGAGUGAUUCUCUGUGUACAGGUGAGAGUGUAUUUAGUAUUUCCUUGUGUUUAGCAUUAAGAGGAGGUACUAAUACCACAAACAAACCACAGUGACUAUAUAUCCUCACCACAGCAUAUCUUGCUAAGAAGCACCAUAUUUAGACAUGGCAGGUGCGAUUCUAUCAGCAAGUCCAGAAUGUGUGCCUGGACUGAAAUAUUUGAGCUUGAGCCUGGAUGCUUGCCUGUAGGGUUUACCAGAUCAAAUGUCCCACCACUGGGGACUGGAAUAUAUGCAUAUGUAAUGAGAACGUGUAGACUAUUACAACAUCUGUUCCGCCUGGCUGGAGCCCCACCAGAAUACAAUACAGCUGAGUCCGGAGGUCCAGAAAAUCACUGAGCCCCCGUUUUCAUAUUCAUGCGGUUGCCAAUCAUGGUCCCAAUUUUUAAUAAAGAUAUUUUAACAAAAUUGACAAGUACGUGUGAGAAUUAUCACUUUUCUUAUCAUUCAGCAAGAAAAUAAAAUGGGUCAAAGUGGUGAUUCGAAUAAUUUGAGUGACAGAAUUUUCCAUCAAUUCAAAUUUUCUCUGGAUUUAAGGAUCUACGAAAUCAAAUAAAACUGCUCUAUGUGAGUCAAUGGUAAUUUUAUGGUGGAGAUGCCAUCUUCUCCCCACCCCAACAGAGACACCACAGCAUUAGUGAUUCCCCCCAGGAGGGGAAGUCUGGAGAUAAGAGCAGCAUUUUGGAUGGCUUCCAGAGCCUUGCCAGUCAUGGGGUAGAGCCUGAUUAAUUUGCAUGGUCAGGUGACCAGGUCUGACCUCAACAGAGAUCUAGGGUAGGCGUUGGCGGAGGGCUGUCACACAUACUGGGGGAGGUACAUGCUCAACAUCUCAGGAAGAUGACCGACGUUCUCAUAAGGAUGGAAGUUCGACUAUACAUCUGAUGUGCCUCCCAGUGCAGACUGACCUGGAGUGACAAAUUAGAAACUAAGUGCUUGUAAGCAUUCUUGUGCAUUCUGGAGCAGAGGUGUGGACCACCCUGACCAAGACUUCCACACCGACAUCGAGUUUUACAAUGGCCAGCAACAUCCCUGUAGUCAAGCAGAUCGACAAGCAGUUUCUGAUCUGCGGAAUUUGUCUGGAGCGUUAUAAAACUCCCAAGGUCCUCCCCUGCCUUCACACCUUCUGUGAAUGCUGCUUACAAACUUACAUUCCGCAAGAGAGCCUUUCCCUGUCCUGCCCAGUCUGUCGCCAGACGUCAAUCCUCCCGGAAGAGGGAGUGACGGCUCUUCAGAAUAACUUCUUCAUCACCGGUUUAAUGGAGGUGUUGGAGCGGCCAGAGGAGGACUCGGAAGAUCCGCCGGAAGCCAUGAAACCUCAGCCGCUGUCGUGCCCCAGUCACGAGGGGCAGGACCUGGAGUACUACUGCCAGUCCUGCGAAACGGCUGUGUGCCAGAACUGCACGGCCGUCGAGCACAACGAACACACCACCGUGCAGCUGAAGGACGUGGUGCAGGACCACAAGGCGGCCCUGCAACAGCGCCUAGAGAUAGCCAAGUCCCAGCUCCCCAGCAUAGCAGAGGCCAUCAAGAAUAUCACAGAGAUCAGCCAACAUCUUGCCGCAAAGAAAAGUGAUGCAGAGAUCGAAAUCACCAGCGCAUUUGCGGAGCUGGAGAAGGCCGUUGGCCAAAGGAAAACUGCCCUGUUCUCUGAGUUAGAGGCGAUAUACAGUGCUAAGAACCAGGUUCUGCAUGACCAGAAAGAGGCUCUGAACUCGGCGCUAGCGAACAUCAGUAGCAGCUGUGAGUUUACAGAACAGGCCCUCAGUCACGGGAACGAGACAGAAGUCCUGUUGAUCAAGAAACAGAUGAGCGACAGGCUCACAGAACUCGCGUCCAUUAAGUACCCUUUGAAACCAGAACAGAAUGAUUUCGUACUGUUCCAAGCAGAGUUGGACAAUAUCAAACGGUCCAUUGCAAAUCUGGGCUGUAUACUGACCAACCAUUCAGUCGGACACGAGACCGUGGCAAGCGGGGAAGGGCUCAGGCAAGGGGUGAUCGGUCGACAAAUGUCGGUUACGAUUACGACCAAGGAUCGUCUCGGCAGCUUGAUCAAGACUGGACAUGCGGACAUUUCAGUGGAGAUAGCCAGUCCAGAGGGCAGCGUGAUAGACGGCGAGGUAGCUGACAACAAGAACGGGACGUACGAACUGACGUACCUACCUCAGAAGGAAGGCAAGUACAGCAUGGCCCUUAGACUAUUCGGUGAACACGUUAGAGGCAGCCCUUUUGAUCUCAAAGUCAUACCUGAGUCUCAACUUCCCGACCAGUCUGUCAAAACAAUCAUCAAGACUGGUACAGUGCGACAGAAAGCCUACAAGCGCCCAGCUAGCAGUAGGUCUAAAGGAUCGCGUCCAAGAAGCAACCCAAUCGAGGACGAUCUGGUAAUGCGAGUUGGGGUUAAAGGUCGGAACAAGGGCGAGUUCACCAAUCCACAAGGGGUGGCCACGUGUCCAGGAAAGAUCAUAGUCGCGGACAGCAACAACCAGGUCAUCCAAGUGUUCAGCAACAUGGGAGACUUCAAGCUGAAGUUUGGUGCUCGAGGCCGCAACCCUGGGCAGCUCCAAAGGCCGACAGGGGUCACAGUAUCGCACAACGGGAAUUACAUCGUGGCCGACUACGACAACAAGUGGGUCAGCGUGUUCGGACCCGACGGGAAGUUCAUCAACAAGUUCGGCUCAGGAAAACUCCUAGCCCCAAGGGGGUGGACGGUGGACAAGAACGGGCACAUCAUCGUCGUAGACAACAAGGCCAGCUGCGUCUUCAUCUUCCAGUCCAAUGGAAAGUUUCUGCAGAAGUUCGGUUCACGAGGAAACGACGACAAGCAGUUCGCUGGGCCGCACUUCGUCGCUGUGAGUCCAGCAAACAACAUUGUGGUGUCGGACUUCCAUAACCAUUGCGUCAAGGUGUUUGAUCCAAACGGGACUUUCCUGUACCGUUUCGGAUCAAACGGAGAGGGCAAUGGACAGUUCAAUGCUCCGACAGGUGUUGCAGUCGACUCAUCAGGUAACAUCAUCGUUGCAGACUGGGGAAACAGCAGGAUACAGGUAUUUGACUGUACCGGAUCGUUCCUGUCCUAUGUGAACACCAUGGCAGAUCCACUGUACGGACCACAGGGGCUGUGCCUCACCGCCGACGGCUACGUGGCAGUGGCCGACUCAGGAAACCACUGCUUCAAGAUAUACAAGUACCUACAGUAAACAUGCUACACAUGUAGUACAAUGUCAUAUACAUGUAUGCAUCAGAAAGAAUCAACCGUACAAGGCUUAGCAUAAUGGAAAGCAGAUUUCAUGGACUGUAUAACAAAUUUUCUCCAUGUUAUCAUCACAUCUUCUCGUGCUUACCAAUGACAUAAAAGCUACAGGAUUGUGAAAUUGACUUGGCGACAUGAUGCUCUUGUGGCCAUCUCCAGACUAGAACAUGACGGUAGUCACAAAAUCAAAGUUCACUCAACCCCUCCAGAGUAACAACAUUUGCUUAACAUCGAAUGUAACGUGUUAAGCUGCCUAAGAGACAGCAUCCUUAGCUUUAGCAGACAAAGUGACAGCAUUAUUCCAAAAUGGGGACCCUGCCAAAUGAUAGUACUACUUGAACAUAUUAAACCCAAAAAUGUACAAAUUGCAAAUUUGCAAGCAGUGUGGGUUUGUGACUCAACACUGUUUGCUGCGUUAACUGCAUUAAAUAUGCAAAAUUAUAAAUGUGCAAGGCUGAGUUUAGAAACAAGCUGAGUAAGAGAGCUGAAACAUUGCUGUGAAAGUUGUGCCCACCAGGCUUAGUAAAAUGCAUGGAGUCCAUGUACUGUACUGAAUGCUGCAAAAACCAUUAUGGUACAAAAUGUAAAUGCAAGUUGUCUGAAGUUGUCAAAUGUUGUGCAAUGAAACUGAAAGGAAUUUUGUGAGAAAGGCUCCUAAAGUUGGCCCUAACUACAAAACUGGACAUUGACCUUUAUUUUUUUAAUGUUAUCCUGCUUUAUAGUCAUUACUGUAACAUAUAAGUUAUUGUAAGUAACAAAAUCUGACCAUUACAUCUCAAUGUACAACAUGGUAUGUUGAGUUGGUUAAGAUUCUCUCUUUCAUAAUAAAUCAUAGUGAGUCAUUUAGAAUGUAUCAUUUAUACUAAAUUAUAGGGAGGGGGAAUAGGUUUCAAGAGUGUUGUCAUGUAUUCGGAAGUAUGCAGGUUGAUAUUUAUGCUUAUUAGUUAUGCUAUUUGCUCCAAUCAUUUUGAUUUCUAUUGACCAGCUUGUAUUGUGUAAGCCUUUAGCAUGUCUGUGUAAUGUGCUGCCUACAUGUGACUAAUACAUGCAUUCACUUCAUGACUCAGAUUACAUCUUAUCCAAUACAUGCCACAGUCAUAAUCAACCAAGCAUAGGACACAUAAUGCAGCAUUUUCAGGUAACUGUAGGCAACAGUCUGCCACAAGAACAUAGAAAACCUAAAACUAGUUAGUGCUGUCGAUUUUACAUAAUGGUUAAAGUAAAAUCUAACAUUCAGACAUUUCUAUCCAUGUUCCUUAAUUGUAUUCACCAUGUUCUGUUCUGUGUAUCAUAACGUCAUUCAGUUUCCUGAAAAUCACAUGCUUUGUGCAUUUGAUUAACAAAAUGAUACUAGAUUGAUAGGUUAAUUUCAUCAGCAACUCUUCCAAUAAAGAACUCACAACCCUUCACCAAGAUUUCAUAGAUCCAGUAAUGAAACAGAUGUUGUGAGGAAAACAAAACCAGUAACAGAAUAGCAACCAGUCUUGUGCCUUUAAAUAGUUAUCAUAGGUAAUUCUUGGGUGAUUCGCAGUCUGAUUUAAUGUCUGAUUCACACGGUACACCUUAGUUACAUAUUUGUCUUUAUCCAAACUGCAAAAUCAAUGAGAACUAGAUGCAGAGCUCUCUCCUGCUCUAAUUACUCUAUCCUCUCUGAUGGAACAAAGCUCUGUGUUGAAUACCAAAAGGGGGAUCAGCAACAUAACAUCCAGGGACAGAAGGAUGGACACUGGAGAUAGCCAGUGGCUUGGUUUGGUUUGACUAUGCACACCAACAUGAUGCAGGAGAGAUACACACAAAUACGUACACUGAUAUAUAGAUAGCGUAGUAGCUUGAGUAACAAGUUGUCAACAUGAUGUGGCCUAUCUUUUGUAGUAGUUGUUCACAAUUUACAUGUUCUAAUUGUUCACAACUUAUAGACAUGCAGGAUGUGUUACGGUAGGUGAGGCAAAAUUUAGCUAAGGUUCAUAAUCGACCUGAGUGGUUGUUGCUGCAAAAUGCUUCUAAGAGCGCAAACAUGUAUGUUACACUUGCACACUAACUCUUGUCCCAUGGCUGCUACAUGUAUUUAGAUACUUUUAGGAUACUCAGUUAGAGAAAUGUUUGAGGAUUCUAUGGUGAGAAAAAUGUAGACAUUCCUUGUUGAUAAGUCUUAAGACUCUUUGCUUGAAAUAUUUUCUGCAAAAACUGCAUUGUAAUGUUGAUUUUGUUUUGAUUGUUAUUCACGAUCACAUAAGUUUGUUGGACCAUCGGUGCUCUAAACCAGUACAAAGAUGGAGUACUGAAGGUCAAAUAUAACAUGUACAUAAGACAAUAAACAGCUCAGUAACAUAGAUAUCUUUUUUUUUGAUAUAUUGAAUGUAAAGGCGUUUCUUUUGUGCAAAAGUUAUUCAGUACCUGGUAAAGCAAUUUUGUCAUUUAUUGACAGGCACAUGUAUACUUUUGUAGUGUUCGAAGAAUGUUUGCUUCUAGAUUUGCUUCUAGAACUGAAACAAAAGCAGAACCAACACAUGAGGUAGACCUGUUCAGGCAAGACAAAAACAUGCGUGCAAUGCUACUUGCUUUGAGAAGCCAUAAAUGUGUGAUUUCUUA